AUUUUGUAACAUUUGACUCAGAAACCCACCCAAACCUCGAAACUUAUUGUGUUUAGGUAUUUCUGGAGCCAAUUAUCUGCUUCAAACUCGAAGCUAUUGCAAAGCUGUGCAUUUUCUUCUAUACUUCAAAACCAGUGAAGCAAUUGCGAUUAACGCUAGCUAUUAAUUGACAUCUUAUAAAGAAAACCUAAACCUAAUUUUUAGUUCCCUCCUCCAACUAUCCUGUAUCAACCACCGCCGACCUCCGCCCCAAAGCGGCAUUCAUCUGUGAGAGGACAUCAAGAGUCUGUCCACUUCAUUCACUUACCUUCUCAGUUCGUCAAUUUUACCAGUUUUUCCAUAUUCAGGGAUGGUGGGUUUAUCUCUUGGAGAAAAACAUUUCAUACAAGGUGGCAUUGCUCAUGAUCUUCGAUGUGAUGGUAGAAAGAGGUUGACAUAUCGACCAAUCUUGGUUGAAACUGGAGUGAUUGCCCAGGCAAAUGGUUCAGCUCGAGUCAGAAUGGGUGCCACAGAUGUCAUUGCCAGUAUUAAGGCUGAACUUGGAAAGCCAAGCUUGUUGCAACCUGACAAAGGAAAAGUCUCUAUAUAUAUUGAUUGCAGUUCGACUGCAGAGCCUGCAUUUGAGGGUAGAGGAGGUGAUGAGUUGGCAGCAGAACUGUCAAAUGCUCUUCAACACUGUCUCUUGGGUGGUAAAAGUGGAGCAGGUGCCGGAAUUGACCUUUCAUCACUUAUUGUCGUCGAAGGAAAAAUUUGUUGGGAUCUUUACAUUGAUGGGCUUGUUGUUAGUUCAGAUGGAAAUGUGUUGGAUGCUCUAGGCGCUGCCAUUAAGGCUGCUUUGUGCAAUACAGGUAUUCCAAGAGUUCAAGUUGCUGCUGGAACAUCAAAUGACGAGCAACCAGAAGUUGAUGUAAGCGAUGAGGAGUUUCUGCAGUUUGACACAUCUGGAGUCCCUGUCAUAGUUACACUAACUAAGAUUGGGAGGCACUAUAUUGUGGAUGCAACAUCAGAAGAGGAGUCACAAAUGAGCUCUGCUGUUUCCAUCUCUGUUAAUAGGCAAGGGCACAUCUGUGGCAUAACCAAACGAGGAGGUGUAGGGCUGGAUCCAAGCAUCAUUCUUGAUAUGAUAUCCGUUGCUAAGCAUGUGAGCGAGCAAUUAAUGAACAAAUUGGAUUCAGAAAUUGCUUCUGCUGAAGCUGAAGAGGAGUCAUGACAAUGAAGAACAUGGUGAUACUUAGGACAAUAUGUUGUAACUUGGUAACUGAGUUGAGAUUAAAUCUUUUAAGUGUGGUAUGCGGUCCUGAGUUUAGCUUUGAGAUGACUGUUUAAUGCCAUGCAAAGUUUCAACUUGCACAAACAGUUACAUGCUAACAUUAAAGAUUGACAUGGCUCGC